AUGUCUUUUGACGAGCCUGCAAGAGCACCGGCCUCAGAGGAGACGCCUCUGCUCCAUGAUGCUGACCCCGCCCACGCGGAUGAGACAAGCGGGCAAGAACCGCUGACCGAGGAGCGCUCUACCAAAGAGCUCAUUUUGAUACUCGGCAGUAUUUGGCUGGGUGUAUUCCUUGCUGCGCUCGAUACGACCAUUGUCGCGACAUUGUCGGCACCUAUCUCCUCCUCGUUCAACUCGUUCUCGUUGCUCUCUUGGCUGGCUACAUCCUACCUGAUAUCAAAUGCCGCGUGCCAGCCUCUGAGCGGCCGAUUGACCGAUAUUUACUCGCGUCGCUGGGGUCUGGUCUUUUCCAACGUCUUCUUCGCCUUGGGAAACUUGAUUUGCGGUUUGGCCCAAACGCAAUGGGCGAUUAUCCUAGGACGCGUCGUCGCGGGUGUCGGUGGAGGUGGCUUAACUGCUAUCUCGACUUUUGUUACCUCGGAUUUGAUUCCGCUGCGUAAAAGAGGCGUCUGGCAGGGUAUUGGCAACAUCUGCUACGGGGCUGGCAUGGGUCUUGGCGGGGUAUUCGGUGGGUGGAUUAAUGACACGCUGGGGUGGCGAUGGGCCUUUUUGAUCCAGAUUCCUUUCUUGGUGGUCUCGUGCAUUUUGGUCAUCUUCACGGUGAACAUUCCCGUGAAAGAUACGGAUAAGGCGCGCAUCAAACGCGUUGACUUCCUCGGAGCAAUUACCUUGGUUGUUACUCUGGUUACACUGCUGUUGGGUCUCAACACUGGUGGAAACCAAGUGCCAUGGACUCACCCGAUUGUUCUGGUCUCGUUGCCGCUGUCGGCAGUUUUCCUGGGUGUCUUCAUCUAUGUGGAGGCCUACAUCGCGACCGAGCCUGUGAUUCCGGUGAAACUACUCCUGGACCGGACGGUGGCAUCUGCCUGUCUGACCAAUUGGUUUACGACCAUGGCAGUCUUCGGUUUACUUUUUUACCUCCCAGUCUACUUCCAGGUCCAAGGCCUCUCGGCUACUGCGGCUGGAGCUCGCCUGAUCCCACAAGCCAUUGGAACUUCAAUUGGGUCGCUCGGCAGUGGUUUCAUUAUGCGAGGCACGGGACGCUAUAAGGUCCUCAACUAUGCAGUCAUGGCCCUGCAGGUACUCUCGGCAGGCUUGAUCUGUACCCUGAAGUUGGAUACGCCGGUGUGGCUGCCAUUCGUCUACUUCUUCUUGGGCGGUGUCGCGUACGGAAGCAUGUUGACUAUCACCUUGGUGGCACUGAUCUCAGCUGUGGAUCACCAGCAUCAUGCCGUUGUGACCUCGGCCUCCUACGCCUUCCGCAGUACUGGAAGUACCAUUGGUAUCACUGUUGCUUCGGCCGUGUUCCAGAACACCCUCAAGACUGGAUUGUGGGCCCGAUUUGGCGAGCGCGAACAUGCGUCAGAGAUCAUCUCCCGGCUGCGUGAUAGCUUGGAUGAGAUCCGCAAGCUGCCUCAAGACUGGAUCCCUGGUGUCUUGGAUUCAUAUAUGGAUUCCUUGCGAGCAGUGUUUGUGACGUUGCUUGGAUUGACCAUCUUGGGAGCCGCAGUUAGUAUUGCGAUGCGGGAGCAUAAGCUACACAAUAACCUCUCUCGUCGGUGA